ACACACAUCUGGAAAUAAUGAAGGUGGAAGAGAGGGAAAGACAGGGCAGAGACGCAGAUCUGUUCACAAAAUAGACUUUUUCAGACAGAAAAAUGAUUUAAAGUUGUGUAGAAGACUUUUCAUCGGGAAAAGCUGGAGAUCACAACCUGCCAGUUAAGAACAAUCCAGAGGAAGAGAAGAAGGAAACCCUCGCUGGUUCACAGACACAUGCAGAGGAGAGAGGAAAAGAGAAGGAGUUACAGACCAAACCAGGAGGAGUGAGACACAGACAGGAUUGUAAAGUAUUAAGACUCAUCUUCAGGAUGUCAGUGUCUCGGAGCUGUUUGUGCUGCGUCAAGUAUCUGAUGUUUGUGUUUAACCUCAUCUUCUGGCUUGGAGGCUGCGGGCUGUUUGGCAUUGGAGUGUGGCUGUCCUUCACCCAGGCAGAGUUCUCCUCCCUCCCCCUCUCCUUCCCCUCCCUCUCUGCUGCCAACCUGCUGCUGGUCGCCGGCGGCAUCACCAUGGUGACGGGCUUCCUGGGAUGUCUGGGGGCCCUGAAGGAGCAGCGCUGCCUGCUGUUCAUGUUCUUUGUGAUCCUCCUGCUCCUGGUCCUGACAGAGGUGACCCUGGCCUUGGUUAUUCACAUCUUCCACGACAAGCUGGAUUCCAAAGCACAAGAUGAACUGAAAGAAGGUAUGAUGAUUUAUAAAUCAGAGCCUGGACUGAAGAAAUCCUGGGAUAAUGUCCAGAAAAUGUUCAAAUGCUGUGGAGUCACCGACAAAACAGACUGGUAUGAUGUGCUAAAUGGAACGCUGCCCACCUCCUGCUGCUCUGUGGGGAUAGAGCAGUGUGUGGACGGGUGGACUGAGCCGUGCUACCAGAAGGCCCGGCAGUGGCUGCUGGAUAACAUUCCCUCCGUCCUGGUGUUUGGAGUGUGUAUCGGUGUUGUGCAGAUCCUGGCCCUGGUGUUCUCCAUGCUGAUGUACUGUCAGAUCCUGUGCGCUGAGAAACAUUUGGACUGAGUGCAGAGGGGAAGACUGAUCACAAACACCGCCAGCCUGAUUCGAGGUGUCCACCCCCGCCUCAGGACUGUGUGGGUCACAGCAGACAUGGCUGCAUCUCAAACGCCCCAGAGCAUCGGCUUGAACAUUCCCAAUUUCAACAAAAAACGACUGAACGAUGGCAGUAACAGACUGAAGAGUUGUUGUUGUACCAGCUUUAUAAAUAUGGUUUCAUUUUAGAUCCAUCAGCCUCCAGACAAAAUCUGCAAUAACCAUAAUGCAUUGCAACUGCAGAGGAACCGGGGGGAAACACUGGCUCUAAGAUCCUCUUCAAAUUCAAGAAAAAUAAUCUGUGUCUGUAUUUUACAAUAUUUGGUUUCCAGAGUUGCUUCUUUUAGAUUGUUGUCAUGAACAGGAAAUAAUAGUGUGACACUUAAAAGGUCAUAAAACAGCAGUAUGCCUGCUAGAAAGGCUUUGGGAGGAGGAGAAUAAGAACAAAAUCAAAUAAAACAUUUUUACGUAGCACUUAGUUCACUUUGCUAAUAAUUCAUGCCUUGAAUAUUAAACCUUAACCAUAUAAGCACUUUGAUCAUGUAGUGUAGUUUAGCCAUUUUAAAGUUUUACAUUUAUUUGGUAUCUAAUGAUUACAGCAAAACAUAUUAUUAAUACUUUUACAUGUGUUUUAGCAAAACAGUAAGAUAUUAUGCCUUUUAUAAUCUUGAGAGUUUUUGAAUCUUAUGGUAAUCUUCUCUACUGUUUUUAAAGAUUUUUUUGCAUUUCCAUUGAACUAACAGUGUGACCUGUUGUGAGUGCUCGGUCUCUUGAUGAUCUGCAAACAAUCCAAAUGAAACCUGAGGCGUAGAUUUGACCGAGCUGAAUCCAUUCGUGUGGAUGUUCCCGACUUAAAUAAACGUAACACAAAAAGUAUGGAAAUCUGUGUUGGGUAGAUUAUUUCUUUGUUGUAACAAUGCUUCUUGACAGUAAAUCUUAUAACGUU